AUGACCCCGACAAGUAUAAGACCACCAUCGGGAUCCCCACAGAUAGCCCGCUCCAUGAUCCUCGGGAUGCUGUCCUUGAAUAAGAAUGAAGAUCUAUGCUGUCAAAUUAUCAUAGACUGCAUCUACAAUUCUUGUUUCAUUGAUUUCCAUCAAUUCGGUAAAUCGAUAGUGGAGCGGCUAGCUUCCGUCCUAAACCCACGGGCUCUUUCCAAGCAGCAGUACUCCAAUCUGUGUAACCGUCUGAAGGAGGUGGAAGUCACAGAUCCGCGUCUCAUCCAUAUGUACAGACUAGACAAACAAAAUGAAGUGUGA